CCCUGCUUCCAAACACAUUGAGCUCUCUCACCAAUCACCAAAUCACCUUCUGCAACACUUGAGGAGAAGUCUAAGAGGAUCCAUAAACAUAAAAAAUGGCAGCAAUGAAAGGAUUCGAGAUGGGUCUAGUAGCAAUAGCUUUGACAAUGCUUUGGGUGGGAGCUAUGGCUCAAUCAAGUUGCACAAACGCCAUUGUUGGCAUGGCACCUUGUCUUAACUAUAUUACAGGAAACUCAUCAAACCCAUCUUCUUCUUGCUGCCAACAGCUUUCAAGUGUCGUUCAAUCUCAGCCUCAAUGCCUCUGCCAAGUUCUUAAUGGUGGUGGUGCAGCUUUGGGCAUUGCCAUUAAUCAAACACUUGCUUUGGCACUCCCUGGUGCUUGCAAUGUCCAGACUCCAUCAGUUAGUGCCUGCAAUACUGUUAAUGGACCAUCUACUUCACCGGCGACAUCGGAAUCUCCUGUGGGUUCUCCAACAGCUAGUACUUUCUCUAAUGGAAAUACAGAUUCUACAACUACUACUCCAGUGUCAGACUCUCCUUCAGGAACUGGGUCAACGACGGUACCAUCUACGGGGGUUAAUGCAUCUGAAGGAACUAGAAUUAGUAGAUCAUCACCACUUCAUCUUGUUAUUCUGGCUCUGUUCUUGGCUUCAUUUGCUUCAACUCUCACCAGCUUUUGAGUUUUUUUUUUAACUUUAUAAGGGUUGUUGAUCCUGCUGCUUGUGGCAGUGUGGUUGUAUCAGCUACCUAUUCUGUAACUCUUUAGAGAUUGUUUUUGGUUGUUUGAUUCAUGUACUAAACAUAAGAUCAGUUCUUGGCUGUACUAUAAAACAGAAAAAUUCUCAGUUUUUGACAAGAAAAAUAAAGGAUUUUUGUGGCCA